UACAAACUCAUCCUCAAUUCCAUCUAAAAGACUCCAACUCAAACACUCAACGAUCCACACCUAACGUAUCAAGCACUUGAUAGUCUAGAUCGCUCGUUUGGAUGGAUCUGAUUCACUUAUUACCGGGCUACGGAAAAUACCACAUUGCAUUGUGCGACUACAUUGGAACCCGCUGUCGGGACGACCGAAGAAUACGGCAAUCACUUCCGUUAAAGCAGUGGAUUCUGGUAUAUCAGCAUCAGAGACAAAAGUAUCAAGAGAGUUUGACCCAGUUUCCAGCCCCGAAAUUCCAACGUUAGCCCCUGGAAAUUUUACAAAUUAGUUAUAUCAUAGGCUCAAAGAAAUGACUCGAGCCUUUCCCUUGCAAUUCUUGUACCGUGGAGAUUUAUCCGACAUCCUUCAACUACCGUGAUAUCUGGUAUGCACGUCAGAAAAAGUACGUUUUUCAAGAAAAUCUGGUAUAUAUGUAUGUAUCCGCGGAUUCCGGUGUAGAAAGAUGCCCGGUAGAGCGAGACUCUACCCGGCCGGCCGGGGUAAAUGAUUCGAUGGAUUGUCAAAGUGGAUGAUCUUGCUCCCCAAUUUUUGUUCGUUUUCCCCCGAGAUUCACCUCUUUGUAGCAUGUUAAAUGAGAUAGGCGGUCCCAUCCAACGUUUCUUUCAAAACCCUGUAUCUGAAUACCAUAACCAGUGACAAUCCGGGAAAAACCAAACGUCUUUUCAUCAAUACUAUCGUUACUCUUUCUCCUAUCUUCAUUCAGUUGUACUAUUACAAAAUGGUGGUUAAUGAGAAAAACACAAACUCCAAGCUCAACGUUGCUAUCAUUGGGGGCGGUCUUGGUGGACUUGCUCUCAGCAUUGGACUUCUCUCGCACCGUGAUCAUCUCAAUAUUACAAUCUACGAAUCAGCUCCUUGCUUCACGGAAAUCGGUGCUGGUGUUGCAUCCGGCCCCAAUGCUGUGAACGCAAUGGGUUUAAUCUCUCCAGAUAUUCUGAAAGGUUACAAGAAAUGUGCAACCUUCAAUGAAACUCGUGAUCGGGAUAAUGUCUGGUUGACUUUGCGGUACGGCAUGGAUAGUAGAAACGGGGAGGGAAAGAAAAUGGACUUCGUUCAUCAUAUCGGAGAGAAAGGAAAGUCUCUAGGGGAGAUCUCGGAACUGUUAACGUCCGAGGGGAUUAAGAGGAGAAGUUGUGUGCAUAGGGCCAGGUUCUUGGAUGAAAUGGCCGCCUUAAUUCCAGAUGGGAUGGUAAAGUUCAAGAAAAGUCUCGUGAGCGUUGAAGAGAUGGGAGGGGUGGACAAAGAAUUGAAGUUGGAUUUUGCAGACGGUGAGACAGCUUUCGCGGAUGUAGUGAUUGGCUGUGAUGGCAUCAGAAGUGUGACAAGAAAAUUCGUUGUGAACGGCCAGUCAGUGGAGCCAGAAUUUGCCGGCAUCUACGCUUAUAGAGCUAUGAUUCCCAAAGAUGUUGCUAGAGAAGCAAUAGGAGAUGAUCUGGCAUUAAAUGGUCAAUUGUACCUUGGAUAUGACGGAUAUAUGAUUACUUAUCCGGUGGAACAUGGCGAUUUGAUUAACAUAGUUGCACUGAAGACGAAGAAGGACAUGAAAUGGAAUAAGGAGCGUUGGUUGAUACCUGCUUCGAAAGAAGAGAUGUUAUCCGAUCUAGAAGGCUUUGAAGGAAAACUGGUUGAAUUGGUUUCAGAAUACUGCAGCGGAGAUAAAUGGGGACUUUUCCAUCUUCCAAAUUCUCAGCAAUAUUAUCGUGGAAGGGUAUGUCUUAUGGGUGAUGCUGCUCAUGCAAGUACACCGCACUUGGGAGCUGGCGCUGGAAUGGCUUUUGAGGAUGCAUAUGUUUUGAGUCACCUGUUUGAGGGUGUCAAGAAUAUUAACGAUAUUGAAGAGGCACUCAAGGCUUUCGAUAUGGUAAGGAGACAAAGGUCGCAGAAAUUGAUCAGGAGUAGUAAGGAGUCCGAGGAGCUCCUUACGCUUUCUCAUGGCGAAGUUGGAGAAGAUGUGGGAAGGAUCGCGGACAAGAUUGAUUCGUUGUAUGAAUGGGUCUGGGAUUUUGACCUUGAAGGAAGUUUGCUAGAGGCGAAACAGCUCUCGGGGUUGUUUUAAUCCUUUGCCUUGUACGGAAGAAAGGGAUGUAAUAUAGCUGUCGGUACAUCAUGUGAUCAACCUCGAAAGGGAGGCCGUACAUAAAGGGAGCCGUACGACUAGUGCAUUCUAGCCCGUACCCCUUUCAAUAUAAAUAGGUCCCUCUCCCCUAGAUAGAUAAUAGUCAUCCAUGAACAAA